AUGGAAGACAUUAAGUCAGUAUAUCCCAAUGUAAGUAAAUGAGUGAACAAUAAAAAAAAGGAUUCAGGAUCCAACGCAUUUAUUUUCUGCAUCACAUUCCUGCGUGUGUGAAGGAGAGCCAGAUACGUACCAAGCAUUAGCAGGGCAUUCGUUUCAUCUCAGUAAUACUUUAGAAGGGCACUGUGGCAAGAAAUUUUGAUUCCGUACAUACUGUGAACAGAAUGAGUUGAAAUUCGAAAGACUAUGAGAAAAGCGAAACAGUUACGAGUGAUGCAAAACACAAUAACUUAUGCGAACGGCCAAGGAAGGAAGUGUGCACAUACACUGGUAUCUCUAUAUAUGACAGUAGGUUGUAAUUAUAAAUUCAGUGUGAAAUGAAACUUUGUAUCCAAAGCAACUAAUUUAUUUUUAGGCUUAUCCACCUACCAAAUACGUUGCACGAAUUGCUGCGAAAUGUACAAUAACCUAGACUUACUCUAUACCCCUUUUCAUUUCUCACAAAAAUCUCGCAUAUAAGGCGCCGCUAAUUCAAAAGAAUUGCAAGUUCUUAUUUUUCACUUAAAACUAUAUCAUUCGAUGCAAAAUUUCACGGUGAUUACGAAUAUCACCUUUUGAAUUGAUUUUGAUCCAGUUUUGGGGG